AUGGACACUCUUGAUAUUUGUACGGCUGGAGCCUUUUCUAUGAACGAGAUGAAAGAGCGGCUUCUUCUUUAUUUGCAUUCUCAGACGAAAGGCAAUGAUGAUUUGAUAGACAAAUUCAGCGAAAUAAAGAAACAAUUUGAACAACAGAAACUUGAACUGUGCAAUUUGUACGAGCGAUUCAACUGUAUACUACAGAAUUCUACGCCGGAUAUGCGUCAACAUUUGACCAAUGAAGACACACUCUCCGAUGUUUCAUGUGACGUCACAGAUAAACUAAAAUGCCUUCAGGAUGCAGUCUGCAAUAUUGUCGUUUCAGGAGAGACGGGAGCCGGCAAAAGUACCUUACUCAACCUUCUCCUAGGUGAAAACGUGUUACCACACCAUGCCCUCAGCUGCACGUCGACUAUAUGCAAAAUCAAAUGGGGACCGCGGAAGCGAGUUCGUAUCACCAGUUGUACAAUGGAAAUAGAAGAGUUUGACAUUACAGAUAAUGAUGAAGCCGAGACUAAAAUGAAAGACGCACUUUUUAAACGGACACGACGAGAACGAGGCCCGGAUAUUAAGGAAGUGGAAGUCUUUAUACCCAGUGACUUAUUACGGGGUGGAUUGGUGCUGAUAGACACGCCAGGUAUUGGAGAAAAUGAUGCCAUGGAAGAUCUGCUAAAGAAGUUUAUACAAGAAAAUAACAUUCAAGGUUUUAUCUAUGUUAUAAAGAUCGACGGUGGGGACGGAGGAGUGCAAGAAGACAGGAUUCUGAAACUAUUGAAUAUAGUCCUUGAAAAACAGCAGUCUGGACGCACUGAUCCAACCGAUACUUGCCUUCAGGAAAAUCUAGCAGCAUUGUUUGUGUGCAACCGUUGGGAUCUUGUACCGGAUGAAGACAAAAUGAAAGUGCAGGAGCAUGCGCAGAAAAGACUCAUGAAUUGCUGGCCAGUGGAAAAAUCGGAAAUGCUUUUCAUGUCGGCAGUAUCAGCUCUUCGACACUAUCAGAAUGGUUUUCAAUCAGAAUCUUACACUCAACUUCUAAAAGGAAUAAGCAACAUUGUGCAGAAAGCUACAUGCCUCAUUAUGAAAAGAUUCUUCAGAUGGCUGAACUACAUGGUGUCGCGGAGUCUUCAUCACACAAAGACCUUAUUCAGCACAGCUGAUUACUCCGAGUUUGAAGCAAAGAAUAGAUUUCACGUCACCAACAAAAAGAUGGACAUUUUGCAACAGCGUUCGCAGCGUAUCUUUAGCGAAAUCAACAUGAAGAUUCAAGCAAAUGAGGACCAGUUGAAAGAAAAAUUGACUGCGUAUCUUUCUUCACGGGAAGCUAUGGAGAUCAUAACCACUUUCUCAAAUAGCGAAGUUGAGGAGGUAAAAGCAGAGAAAAACAAGGACUUGUAUCUGUCAGAAAUUUUGGAAAAGAAAAUAUCAGACCUACUGAUGAACUGGAAAGAUAUGCAAGAAGAAUUUAACUCCAUGCAAAAUACAUUGAUUCAGCUUAUCAAAAAGAAGAUGUACGUCUUGCAAGAGGAACUUGAUGAAAUAGAAGCUACUAUGCGGGAACCCUACCCAGAGAUAGGCCUCCCGAAUGUAUCUUCAAGUCGUCGUCCAAGUAGUGUGAGCGUCAACAGUUGGCGCCUACCAUCUCAGCCCACUAAAAUCCCCUUCUCGAUCAUGGGCCGCUUUUUCAUGUCUGCCAUGGGCGUUUUAAAGAAAGGAAGUUUCAAUAAAUCCAUUCGGAACACAAGAAAAUAUAUGGAGUCUACGGCGCGCAAUACUAUUUCCGACUUCAUCAGCAAUAAUAAUCAAGAUGACUUUGUUUAUUGUCAGUUGGCGCCGAUGCGCCACUAUUUGAGUAUGGUACAACACAGCAUACCGAAGCUAAUCAAAACGAAUAAGGAAUUAAUCAAAGAGAUCGAAGAGAACCACGAGAAACAUCGAUUGGAAAAAGAAAAUUACGCCAAUGCUCUGGCUGAGAUUAUCUCGCUGAAAGAUAACAUUGUCCAAUUCGGCUACGACAACCAUUUCAGUCGUGUAAUCAAGCGGGAAGCCGUGAAGAUGUCAGACAAGUCACCAUCUUCAUCAUCCGGUAGAAGGGGCUCUGUCAUCGAUUCUGGGAUCGUCAUUGAGCCCCCAAGAAAUCGGACACAACAAGGACUGUUCUUCAAGAUUGUACACGGUUUUUUCGGUGAAGAUGAGGUUACAAUCAGAAAAUACUUCUCUCAUGUUGAAAUUGAAAAUGUUUACACAGAGGCAGAAAAACUGGAACUUCUACAUCACGAAUCAGUGGUUAAAUUUCUCGGAUUAAUGUUGACUGAAAAUAAUCAGUUACCGCCUGUCGUUACUGAACAGCGUCUUGUUUCUAUCCGAAGCCGACUUAGCACAAUACAUCGACGAGCUUCUUUACCAAUGAUCAAUAAAGAUGUCUUGCCGACCAUUCUCAAUGCUAUUGUUUCUGGUUUGGUCUACAUUCACUCCAAAGGUCUUGUGCAUCCAGAAGUCUCAUUGGAUAGCGUCACAAUUAACUUCGACAAACAAGUGAAAUUGUGCGGCGUGGGACUGCAGCGAAAGGUUUUGAUUUCUGACCGAACUAGGCCCAUUGGCGAUUUUGUGUACUUGCCACCGGAAGUUCUGAAGGGCGAAUAUUAUGGGCCGCCGGCUGACAUGUAUGGACUGGGAUUAUUGAUCUGCGAAGUAUAUACCCAAAAGAAGAUGUUCAAGGAAGAAAAAGUGUUGGGGGUGGAUGAUUUCUUGAACUCGGUUAAUAUGGACAGUGUCCUGAAAGGGCAAUAUUUUGCGCUAGUACCAGAGAAAUACCAUGGACUUGUGAGAAAAUGUCUCGAUCCGGAACCGUCCAUGAGGUUAACAUCAAAUCCAUGUGGAAGAUUUUGA